AUGGAAUUGGAUACAGUCAAUCAUCUAGAGCUUACGAUUCAUCCUUCUCAAGUAAGGCCUACGAUUCGAGCCUUAUUAUAUGCGAUUUUCUUUCAUAGGAAUAUAGAUGCGAUCGAACCUGAUGAUUUCGAAUUACUCGAUUCUCAUAUCGCAACGUCAUCAAACCCAUCAAUAGAAAGAGAAGUCAAUUGCAAGAUAGAAGAAUUCGCUAAAGAAUAUUUAGAAAAUGGUAGAUCAUCAGGUGAAAUUGCAGUUGUUUUCCUACAGAAGAAACCUAAGAAAGGUUGGUUCGCAAUAACAGAGGAACUCGUGCCGUGGGAAGAACAUCUUAUAACUCUUCAUUUCCCUUCCACAUCGUCUUCCAAACCAAAAGUAGCAAAUCCAUUGCAUAAUUCUCUGUUACAACUAUUGACGUUUUGUGCGGAGAAGAAAGGCAAUGUACCUCCUUUAAGUGGUACUUCGAUCAUUGUAGCGCCACCAUCACCUAACGAGUUAUUCGCACCUUCUCCACCUACCUAUCCGACCAGGUUGACGUCUCCUCCUCCAGCCCCAUUGACCAAUACUACACCUGCAACAGCCACAGCUAGAGAUAUGGCUUCACCUUACACUUAUGCCCAAAUGGGAGAUCCUAUUUCAGGAAGUACGAGAAGAGGCACUUCACCACAUACGGGGACUUUGGGAUAUCUGGAACAAGCUAAAGAUGGAUUAAGAGCGGUAGGAGCUAAAGCUGGAGCUGGGGUGGGGUGGGGCGGGAGAGCUAUAGGAGGCGCAUUUGGGAGAGGUGGUGGAUGA